AUGGACGAGAAAAUUGAGGAGAUAGAAAAACUUCUGGUCAAGCCAAAGGAGUGGAAAUAUGCCGGAGAAGUGAGCGCCAGAAAGAGGCCGAAGAACAGUUUACUGGCCCAGGAGGAAAUAGACUUUAAGCAAGGGCCUCCGCUUAUUCCAUUUUCGUCGAAGCAGGACGAUGAAGUAGAGAAGAUUACUUUGCAGAGAAUCCGAGAAGGAACAUUUGACAACCAUGCAUACAACAUUAGGGAGGAGGUUGAUAUUGCAGAUGAAAUUCCCGAGGUUGGUGACUUGGAGUCCAAUGACAUCCUUGCUCUUUACAACGAAAUUGAAGGGGAUCUUAUGCAGAUUGUCGACUUUGGAAAUAAUGGAUUUGUCCCUGAUAGUGAGAUAAGAAUGGUCAGGGAAACGGAAAAGCCCUUGGCUUCUAGAAAGAAGCCCGGAGCUAAAUCGCUCGAUGGAAUCAAGAAUGUCACUGUCCUAAAAAACAAUUGA